AUGACUUCUCUUAUUCUUCUUCACAGGAAAUAUGAGGUAUCAAACAUGAUGGCAGCCACAAGGGCAACCAAGGACCGAAUCUUCACACUUCGUGUGAAGACUGAAGAAAACCAUCCUUCUGAUGGCUAUCGCUGGAGAAAAUACGGUCAGAAAGUUGUCAAAGGGAAUCCAAAUCCAAGGAGUUACUACAGAUGCACACACAUAGGGUGCAAUGUGAAGAAGCAUGUGGAGAGAGAAGCAGCCGAUGUGAAAAUAUUGUUGACUACAUACACUGGGAAACACGGACACCCUGAACCACCUAAACGCAGUAGCAGCAGUUCUGGUCCAAGGAAUCGUUCCCGUUCAUCAGUGCCUGCUCGUUUAGGCAUACCUCUUUUUUCUUCCUCCUCAUCCGCUCAAGACAUGAGGCCUUUCCCUUAUCCUUCUGCUUCGGCCGCUCAAGACAUGAGGCCUUACUUAUAUCCUUUUGCUUCGGCCCCUCAAGACGAGAGGCCUUUCCCUUAUCCUUCUGCCUCGGCCGCUCAAGACAUGAGGCCUUACCCUUAUAAUCCUUAUGCUUCGGCCGCUCAAGACAUAAGGCCUUACCCUUAUAAUCCUUAUGCUUCGGCCGCUCAAGAAAUAAGGCCUUACCCUUAUCCUUAUGCUUUGGCCUCUCAAGACAUGAGGCAGUUCCCUUCUUCGUUGAACCCAGGAAUUGAUAUGACUCAUAUCUCUAUGAGUGGACUCUCCAAGCUGCCGAAUUUUCUAUAUGAGUGGAAUCAAGGUUUUAUGGGCUAG